AUGAGCACCCUCCCGGAAGGAUGGGAGGCGGACUACGACGGCUCGAGAUGGUUCUAUCGCUACAAGUCAACGGGAAUUGUGCAAUACCAAUUUCCCAAGGAAGGAGACGAGUUUCCCGAGUGGUAUGACGAUGGCGGAAACGAUGUUCCUCUCGAGCCCGAGGCCUGGCUCGCCAGCGAGCAGCAAGUUAGGCGGCGCAGCACUCUUGUCUCGGACCCGGAAAACCCAGGCGAGCUCUCCCCAGUCAAAGCCACGACGAACCGGCGGAAAAAGUCCGAAACGAUACCCGAGGACGAGGAGAUGAGUGCCACUGGCUACUUUGACCCGAGCAGCUUCAUGUAUCUGGGUCCUGGGGGUGAUAUCAGCCCCGUUGGGGAAGACGACGAUCGUGACGGAGCUGGCAGCUUAAAAGCCAAGAGCGCAACGCCAACACCAAGCCCAGGCCCAACACCGUCUACCAUCCACAGCCAGGUCUCGCCGGUGCCAGGCCCGCCAGCACAGAUAGAUCCGCGUACGCUAGCCGCCGAGCUCCCCGAGGACACUGCGCAUCCCUGGAAGCCAGUCGGCUUCGUGGCAGAGCUACCCACGCUAGACACAGUCAAGUGUGCCGAGGAGCUUGCGCCGGUCGAGAUGGACGGCACCUCUCAUAUCCCGACACCGGUGCAGACGAAGCAGGAGCAUAGCGGUCCUGUCGAACUCCCGACGCAUAGAGAACCGGCGGAAUCCAAGGCGAAGGAGCCAACCCCUCCAGCGAACACAUUACCCGUGGUUACGCCCCCGGUCCAGACCCUUACAGAGUAUCCCCUCGUGUCUGCAUCGUUUGCAUACCCUGCUCUGCAACCACAGAGCUCAGGUGGUUCGACCCCGUCAAGGCACCAGAGUCCAGCGCAGGUACAGUCUUCCGCUGUUUCGACACCGCCCAUGCACCAGAGUCCUCAGCAAAGCCCGUUGAUCUCGUCGUCUGUUGCUGUUCAGCAGCGAAUCACAAGAAAGCGAGCUCGGCCGUAUGCGCGGUAG